AUGUCGAUGCUAAACGAAGAAAUCCGGGAUGGAGACCGUAUACGCGUUGCAAUUGCCCUAGUCGCGUUGAGAUACAAGCCAUCUGAGCAAUCUUACGAUGCCUAUACGCUUGACUUGAGGUCUCUUUUCCGAUCACCACAACGCGGUACUGAUGAUUACCCCGCUGAGAAGAGAUCAGAGAGUCCCUGGCGCAAACGCGCUCUUACUUUGGAGAAGAAUGUAUCCGAGCUUCAGGCUAAGUAUGAUAGCGAACGUACUAAGGUCCUAGAGCUUACAACAAAGACCUCGACAAGCCAGAGCGCCACCCCGACGCCUCCGCCGCCGUCAUCUUCGAAGAAAAAGGGAAAGAAGAAGCAAAUUCCCGAACAAAACACGCGUUCCGAGCUCGACUCGGUACUUGAACGUCUAGUGGACGUUCCGUCUGCUUCCCGUCCCCUUUCCUUUCUGCUGUCAACUUUUACUGACCUUACCCAACUUACCUCCAUUCUUAAUACUGGCCCUGUACCUCUGGCAGCGGAUGACUUCCGACUUCUGCUUGCAACUACGGAUCGGGCUCUCGAAGCUGUCGGAACCACACUCCUCCCGUUCCUCACACUGGAUACAGAGUCCGCGCCAUUGACAAAAGGGACCAAGCGCCAACAUCAACGACCCUCGGAUGUACUCCAAACGCUAGCUGUCCUCCUCUCGCAUCUAAUCGAAACGGCCUUACCCCUGCUUUCCCGGUCGCAUGAUCACCUGGAUCAUCAUGCCUCUCAGGCUCACGUCGAGGACCAACCGAAUCCCAUCGACAUCGUAAUCAACAAUCUGAUGCGGAUUAUCUUGAAGCCCAUCUGCCAGUCGUUCGCCCCGCUCUCCUAUGAUUUCCUCCAUUUAUGCCUAACGUCCACCAAUACAAAUGUUGUCGUCGGUCCGAAAUCUGACGUCCGCCAAGAGCUGCUAAGCCUCGUACGUGUUGUGUUGCUUUCCAUCGGUCGCCUAUGCUCGAAACAUCUCGUCAACAUCUUCAAUAACGGGGAACCCUCUUGCUUCUCCUGGCUGUGUAAUUUACUUGCGUUAGAAGCUAUCAACGAACUCCAGGAACUCUACGAUCUUCACAAACCUGGCGGUUUUCAGAAGUGUUCAGCCACCAAUGACAGGCGUGCCGAUAAUAAUGACGGUACAAAUUUAUGCCAACCGAAUCCGGAGCUCAGUCUCAGUCUCCAUCAAGAUACUACGACGAAUGCGGGCGGCGAUGUGGAUGGCAAUCUACUCCAGGGCUACGCGCCAAACAAAUUUUCCAGCGGCAGUGCCAAUGCCAACGUCCCCACUUCCAUCUCCCAGGGUGGUGGACGUACAAACAAAAGUCGGACCGAGGAACAAUUAUACGGCAUCCUCAAGUUUGCCGACGCUGCUAGUCCCAAUCCCGACUCCAGGAAACUCAGGGUCGCCCGACUUGCGAAGAAAGAUGCUCUCUGGUUCCUAUGCGCGCUUCUCCACAUCGUUUUCGAGCCACCCUUGGAAACGGAGGCGCACAAGGUCGAAAAAAAGAAGGUUCCGUCGUCAUCUUCAACAACUUAUUCGGCUCCCGAAACUCAUGCUAAAAACACGGCGAACAAUCAUAUUGACAGAGAAGGCUCUGCUAAAACAAAUGGUACUGAUAGUAAUAGUAGUAACGGAGCGCUGGCGAAGGUGCCACGAGGAAGAGAUAGAUGGUGUGACGCAGAGACGAGAAUACGAAAGCGGAUUUUGACUGGUCUAUGCGACCUUGUCAGGCAAGUUGGUGGUUCUCCUCCUAGUUUGGGUGCACAAGGAUUAUCUCCCUCUCCUCUACUACCGCAACCGCAACCGCCGCCGCCACCAUCAAUAUCAUCAUCAGUACAGGUACCACUACUCACCAAAGCACACGAACCUUCUCCUCAAUCCUCCCACCUAUCCUAUAACAACCACCUUCAGCUCCCGAGCCUCACGCGAGAUGCCGACGGACUGGGUGAUGGUGCGGUAAAGGGACGAAAGCCGGCGGGAAGUCAUAGCGGCAACGCUAAAGACUUAGUUGGUGGUGAUACCGAUAGAGUUGAAUCUAUCGGAGGCGCUGGAGGGACAUGUAUAGGGAUACAGUGUGGUGAGGAACAGGCGCAGGGAGGUGCGGGAAGAAGGGGUAAUGCGGAUGAUGUUAAAGGACUGGGAUUGGGCAGUGGCUUGAAAGCGGGAGAUAGCACCGCGGAUGACGAGAGAAUGCGGAUGCAUUCGCCGAUUCAGAUGAGGAACCAUAUACAUAACGUUACUUCCAACAACUCUAUUGGACAAGUCAAAAACUUCCACAAUAAGGGCGGCAGCGAUGGUGGCGACUUGUCAUCAAGAAGGGACUUCGGUAUACGUACCACUGAUAACGGCGAUGAUGGUCUUGGGCGAGGGCAGUGUGGUAAUGGCAACAACGGAACCGGAUUUGGCGGAUUGAGGCCGUCAGGUGUGGAUGUUGCUCGUGGUGCUGGAGAGAUACUGGAUAUGGACAUCUAA